CUCAUACCAGGGAAAUCAUCACCAAGAGCCACCGCUUUGCCCCAGGCAGCGCGCAUAUUCCACCCCCCUCCUCCACCAAAACCGCCAUCUUCAUCAGACUUGCCACGCGUCUUGUCCUACACCAUCCAAAAUGACCAAGGGCGAGAUUCUUCACGUUCACAUCGGCCAGGCCGGUACCCAGCUGGGUAACUCUGCUUGGGAGCUCUACCUCCUCGAGCACGGCCUCGGCCCCGAUGGUCGUCCCGACCCCAACCUCAAGGAUGUUGGCGAUGCUGGCUCUUACGAGACUUUCUUCUCCGAGACCAGCGGUGGAAAGCACGUUCCCCGUGCUCUCUUCGUCGAUCUUGACCCCUCCCCCAUCGACGAGAUCCGAACCAGCGCCUACCGCCAGCUCUUCCACCCUGAACUUUUGAUCUCUGGCAAGGAGGAUGCUGCCAACAACUACGCCCGUGGUCACUACACCAUCGGCAAGGAGAUGAUUGACAAUGUCAUGGAGCGUGUUCGCCGCGUUGUUGACAACUGCCACUCUCUCCAGGGUUUCCUCAUCUUCCACUCUUUCGGUGGUGGUACUGGCUCUGGUUUCGGUGCUCUCCUUCUUGACCGCCUUGCCACUGAGUAUGGCAAGAAGACUAAGCUUGAGUUCGCCGUCUACCCUGCUCCUCGCGUCUCCACUGCCGUCGUUGAGCCUUACAACGCUGUUCUCUCCACCCACAGCACCAUUGAGAACGCUGACUGCACUUUCCUUGUCGAUAACGAGGCUGUCUACGACAUCUACCGCCGUAACCUCGGUGUCUCUCGCCCCUCUGUUGAGCACCUUAACCGCCUCAUUGCCCAGGUUGUCAGCUCCGUCACCUCUUCUCUCCGCUUCGAUGGUGCCCUUAACGUCGACUUGAACGAGUUCCAGACCAACUUGGUUCCCUACCCUCGUAUCCACUACCCUCUUAUCAGCUACGCCCCCGUUGUCUCUGCUGCCAAGAGUGCCCACGAGAGCUUCAAGGUCCAGGACCUGACUCUCCAGUGCUUCGAGCCCAACAACCAGAUGGUUGUCUGCGACCCCCGCGCUGGCAAGUACAUGGCCGUUGCCCUCUUGUACCGUGGUGAUGUUGUUCCCCGCGACUGCAACGCCGCCGUUGCCGCCGUCAAGGCCAAGGCCUCUUUCAACCUUGUCGAGUGGUGCCCCACUGGUUUCAAGGUUGGCAUCAACUACCAGAAGCCCAUGGCUGUCCCUGCUCCUGCUGAGGAUGGUGGCCUUGCUUCUGUUGACCGCUCCGUCUCUAUGCUUUCCAACACCACCGCCAUUGCCGAGGCUUGGUCUCGUCUUGACCAGAAGUUCGAUCUCAUGCACAGCAAGCGUGCUUUCGUCCACUGGUACGUUGGUGAGGGUAUGGAAGAGGGUGAAUUCACCGAGGCUCGCGAGGAUCUUGCUGCCCUCGAGAAGGAUUACGAGGAGGUUGCUGCCGACUCUCUUGAGCCUGAGGAGGACCUCGAAUACUAAGUUCUUGCGACGCCUAUCGAGUCAAGUAUCUCAUAUUCGCCUUUCACUUCUUUAAUGUGAUGGAUCUCUACCGCUGAAACACUGGAAUGGCGAAUGCUGGAUCUGGCAUGGGUUAACCGCCUGGCGCGACAUCCGCAUCCUUAGAGGUCUGAUCAGGGUUUAUGGUUUUUGGGAGCGGUCCGCGUCUAACGCUGUAGAUAAUCACUACUCGGAGAACACACACCCUCUUAUUUUGUUUCGGCAGUAUGUUCUUUCGAAUUCAGGCAGGCAAAAUUCAAGUUGAUAUCCCUUAGUAGAGAUACGAAUUGCGUAAGCUUUAAUAUGUGACCUAGUAGCCUUC